AUGCGACAGUUGCGCGCGCCUAAGCUUAGUUGUGACGCGGCAGAAAGAGAACAAAUGGCAGAGGGAGACAGAGUUGGGAAUGAGGGACAGGCGGAGGCGGAGGCGGACGCGGACGCGGAGGCAGAGGCGGCGCAGAAGACGCUAAGACGAACAAGCAGGCAGGCGGGCAACGCGCCAGCCGAGUCGUUCUUGAAGAUGGGCUGUCGGUUCGUCUCUGUGAGUUUUCUUUCGCCCUCGUUCUCAAACAACGCGCCGGCGGCCAAGAGGCGAUUAGAGGAGGCCGGCCUCGGCCGGGGCGACUCGAGGCAGUUACCGCCGCUACUCUCCGGCGGUCCAACGAUAAAUCAGCGACUGAUUGUCAACGGGCAAUGGAAAGAAAGUGUGCUUUAA